AUGCAGUGUCAAAAACAGCCACCAGUUUUCUGCAUAGCAUAUGCACAAGGUGAGGAUACUGAAAAGAGGUCAUCAAAUAUGGUUCAAGCACUUUUCAGGAUCCACCUCGAAAAAAACAUCAUUGAGCACCGGAUCUCAUCAGCACCGAAGAGCGAACCCGGUUGGGAAACGAAAUGCAGAGCUGAAAAAAAGCAAUACGUGCAAGAGUACUAG